AUGGAAGAAGAGAACAACGCCGCUGUCUUUGCGAAGGAGGUCACGCGCCUCUGGCGCGCCUGGAGGACCAUCCACGAGAUGGUGCAGGACCGGGGCUACGAACUGGCCGAAGACGAAGUCAAGAUCUCGCUCGACCGCUUCCGCUCCGAGUACACCAACGACGAUGGGAGCCCGAACCGGGCGAAGAUGCAGUUCUCUGCCCGUCCGUCCGAAUCAAUGAUAAAAAAGUUCACCCCUCCACCAACUCCCUCUAACCCGGACCCGGCGCCAGAAUGCGGCACCAUCUGGGUCGAGUUCUGCCCCGAGAAGUCUUCCAUCGGCAUCAGCGUCAUGAAGAAGUUUAUCGAGCAUUGCGCGCAGAACAACUUCAAGGCCGGGAUCCUGGUGACGGCGGUGGCGCUCUCGUCGCAGGCGCGCAAGGUCAUGACGGUCACGUCCCAGUUCACGCUGAUCGAGUGCUUCCUCGAGGAGGAUCUGCUCGUCAACAUCACGCACCACGAGCUGGUGCCCAAGCAUGUGCUGCUCAGCCGCGAGGAGAAGGCCGCGCUGCUGAAGCGGUACCGGCUCAAGGAGACCCAGCUGCCGCGGAUCUUGAGCAAGGACCCGAUCGCCAGGUAUCUGGGGCUCAAGAAGGGCCAGGUCGUCAAGAUCAUACGGACGAGCGAGACCGCCGGGCGGUAUGCGAGCUAUAGGCUUUGCGUAUGA